CACAGUUACUAUGAGCGGUCGUGUCAAUCGAAUGCUUCGGGCGAGCAUUUUCUUGUAAACUAAUUGAUUUCUUCUAAUUAAAUUAUAGUGAAUCAUUGUGUUAGCGAUGCAGAAGUGAUGUGAGCCAUGCGAAUUAAUUUUGUGCAAACAUUGAUACAAAAGACUCCAAAAUAGGGGGUGUGAGAGGAAAACAAAAAUGGCCUCGGGUGAUACUGACCACAUAGAAGUAAUGGAUAGUUCCGCCUCAAAAAAGUCGGAAAAUGCCACCACACAGUCUGGAUCAGAGGACGAUGAUCGUGAUAGAAGUUCCAUCGCCGAGAAAAAUGUACCUUACGACCCAGCCGUCGGGCCACUCGGCGCCAUCAGCAAAGUCCACAAGUCGGACCGGAAGAUCGGCCACCGGCGGGUCGGGGAGGGGGGGGAGAUCACGUACAAGAAGAUCCAGUCUUCCCAGAUUAUGGGCUCAAUACAACUUGGCAUCCAACACGCGAUCGGAGGCCUCGCAUCGAAACCGGAACGCGAUCUGCUCAUGCAGGACUUCAUGACGGUGGAGACGACGAACUUCCCCCACGAGGGCUCGAACCACACGCCCGCGCAUCACUACUCAGAGUUCAAGUUUAAGACGUACGCGCCCAUAGCGUUCAGAUACUUCCGAGACCUGUUCGGGAUACAGCCUGAUGAUUUUCUGAUGUCAAUGUGCAGCGCCCCGCUACGGGAACUCAGCAACCCCGGGGCCUCCGGGAGCAUCUUCUACCUGACCAACGAUGACGAGUUCAUCAUCAAGACUGUGCAGCAUAAGGAGGGGGAGUUCCUGCAGAAACUGCUGCCAGGGUACUACUUGAACCUCGACCAGAAUCCACGCACGUUACUACCAAAAUUCUUCGGUCUAUACUGCUACCAAUGUAACAGCAAGAACGUACGACUCGUGGCUAUGAACAACAUACUGCCAUCUUCCGUCAAAUUACACCAGAAAUAUGAUCUCAAAGGAUCUACUUACAAGAGGAAGGCGAACAAAUCAGAACGAACGAAAGCAUCACCGACAUACAAAGAUCUAGACUUUAUGGAGCAUCACACGGAGGGGAUAUUCCUGGAAGCGGACACCUACACCGCACUGAUCAAGACUAUGCAGAGGGACUGCCGUGUUCUGGAGAGCUUUAAGAUAAUGGACUACUCACUCUUAGUCGGCAUCCACAACUUGGACGAGGCUCAACGCGAGAAGACUGAAGCGAGGAAACGCACAGACUCCGGCCAAAGCGACGGCGAUGAGGAGGGGGAACCUAGACGAGGAUUGAACAGGACCAGAUACGACCAAGCGAAGGAGGAUUUCGGGGCACUCGUUAAACGGACACAGUCGAUAAACCGUCAAAGGCUGGUCGCCCAUUCGACGGCAAUGGAGAGUAUUCAGGCAGAAAGCGAGCCUAUUGACGAGGAAGAGGAUGUGCCCCCCGGCGGUAUUCCGGCGAGGAACGCGCGCGGGGAGCGCCUCCUCCUGUUCCUGGGCAUAAUAGACAUCCUGCAGUCGUACAGGCUGCGCAAGAAGCUGGAGCACACGUGGAAGAGUAUGAUACACGACGGGGACACGGUGUCAGUGCACAGGCCAAGUUUCUACGCCCAAAGGUUUCUGGACUUCAUGGGGAAGACGGUGUUCAAGAAGAUACCUUCGUCUCUGAAACAUUCGCCGUCGAAGCGAAAAAGCAUCGCGAAGCCGUCUAGACCACAGGACGAGAUCGAAACAGGCGCCGCUGGUACCAGCGUGGGCCCGGGCGCGAAAGCAGUGUCUCUGUCUGACGUCACAGCGCAUAUAACUCCGACGUCUUUGACGUCGCCCGUCUCCACCGCGGCAAAGAUAUCUAUAGCGACGUCAAAAACGGCCUCGUCAGAACCCGAUGUUGCUUUCCCAGCAGUUUUAAAAGGCUCCCAAAAGCAACGGGUUCCUCCACCCGUACCUCCUAGGGGUUCCCCCAAGGCUAAGCGUGGCGGAGCCAAUUCCCAAUCUUCCAGUCUCGAUACGAAAGCAGCGGCUCCGCUCUCGUGCUGCUCCACCCCGCCGCCCCCGUUCGAAGAAGCCCCGCCCCCGCGGACGUCCAGAACUAAUUCGUCGUCUACAACAUCCUCUUCUGCGUCUGGGAGACGACGGGGGGCGUCCAGUGCGGCCAGUGUGAUGACUACAUCAUCGGCGUCGUCUCUGGCUUUGACCCCGGCGGCGUUAAGCAGCGCUAGGAGUAACGAAGCGAGUGUAUGUUGGACGCCGCCCGCGUCGGUGGAGGGCUCCACGCCUACCUGGACUGAAGGCACACCGAGCUUUACAGAGUCUAGUAGUAGUGAACAAGGCUAUCCAAUAACCCCAGCUCGCAGUGAAGGGCGGCGGUCCCCCCGCCCCCCGCCACCGCCGGCGCGCGUCCUCCCCCCCACCACGAUCAACUGUCUCACCAGUGAAGUGGUGGAAGCCGAAGAAAUAAUUCAUCUGACAUCUGAAACGUCACACGUAACUAUAUCUUCGUACGAAGUUCAGCAGCUAAUAGUAGAAAAAGAAAAUCAUUGUUAAAACUUUAUGGUUAUUUUUCGCUCGUUUUAACAUGAUUUUUAUUAAAAUUAAUUUCAUCUGCACGAAGUUAUAUACAUAUAAUCUUGUCUUUAUACUUUUUUUACGUACGAAGUUACAAAUAAAAAGAAAUAAUAGUACGUUGCACACCGCAAAUGAAUGACUUUCAUUUUUUUUAUAGGUUUCUGUUCUUUUCUAAGCUGUACUCCUUUAGAACUGUGAGUACUCUAUCUAACCUGGGUGAGUUAGCGGAGUUACUGGUUAACACCCAGAAAAAUAUCCAAUAAAAAUUGUGGAAAUAUUUCCUCACUCUGUUAAUCGAACUCAAGACCACAGUUUUGAUGAUAAGACAAAGUCUUUUAUACAUUUUCCCUGUAGUUUAAAAAUAGACUGAAAUGAAUAAACUUUUACGGUUGGAAUUUUUUUCAUGCAUUUAAAUCAUGUUAGAAAGAGUAAGAUAUUAAUUAAAUAUCAAAAAUUAUAUUGAUAAAAGUAAGCAGUUGGAUAGUCCUAAACGUGAUAUGAAAAGUUACUAGAAUGUUCUUUGUACAGGAUUAAUUUUAUCAAUAUAGAUUUUGCUAAAUGUUUUUGAAGAUAGCUUGUAUGAAAUAAAUGUUUGAUGUGCAAAGUUGAUGCAAUACCCUGAAUCUACUUCAACUAUAGUCAAUUUGUUUUUUUUUUACAUGAAUCAAUAGUGUCAGACCUAGUAACAUAAACAAAAAUAUUUUCUAAUUUUAAUUUUCGGUUAACUUUUGUUCAUGGACAUGAAAUAUUACAUUGUUGAAAGCUUUUAUACUGUACCUUUUUAUAUAAACAUGUGUAUCACUUCGUAGAAGACAAAAUAAAAAUAUUAAUAAUCUAUUGAAAACAAUUAAAAAUCCUGAAGAAAACAAAAUUUUGUAUAAAUUGUCUAUGACCCUAUGGUCAUAGAAUAUUUCUACUACUUUGGUGUUGUUAGCGACUAAUGUAUUUAAUUCGUGUUAUUUUUUUUUAUUUUGAAAGAAACAAUAUGCUCGUAUAUUAUUCAAUUGAUCCUUCACUGCCAUUUAUUAAAUGCUAAGAAUAUUUAGAAAUGGUCCUAUAAAUACCUUCAGCUCAUUUCACAGUACUGAACACUUAACAUAACCCAAUUAAAAUAUUUUAGCCAGAUCUACGCUAUCUUGGUGCUAUAACUGUUUAUAAAUAAUAAUAAGACAGAAAAAAAUCAUCACACGACGCAGCUACGAAAUGAAAUAACAGAGAACAUCAUGAUAAUAGAAUGAAAAAUUAAACAUAUUAAUGUGUUUUUAUGAUAUUUCCAUGCAAAUCAUACACAAUAAUAUUUUGCUAACAUUAAAUGUAGGGUUUAUAUUAGUUUGUGUUAGUUUUUAAGUAGCAAAAUGUCAAUGCAAUUUAGUUCAAAUUUUACUUUUUAAAUUAUUUAUGUUUUUUAUUAUUUUUACUUCUAUCAUUUUUAAUCCUAUAAAGUAUUUGUGGUGAUAUCAUAAUAUUAUUUAAAGGUAUUUUUUUUCCUUUUCCUACUUUAUAUUGAAAUAAUAAUGAAAAAUGUGAAGAGCUGCUCAAAUAAUUUUACCUACCAAGAAUCUCAUUUCCUUCUUUAUUUUCUUUUUAUUUAGUUUUUUGUGUUACAAAACAACACUUUUAUUUUACUGCCCCACUGAUGUUAAUUUAUUGAAUUUAAAAAUAAAUACUUAAUUGAUAUUAUUUUUUGAUAGAUAUCUUUAAAUGGUUGAAUAUGUUCAGUAAACUUUUCGAAAUUCGCUAUAACUAGUUAUGACAAUUAUUAAGUGAUGUUGAAAUGUCCCAUAAUAAUGAAUAAAAUUUUUUAAUUUGAAUUAUUUUGAAAUAAAAUCUGCUACUAUAAUAAUGUUUAUUUGAGCCAAGUCGAUUAAUAUUUUAUUCUCAAAUAACGCUAUAAAUUAUAUACACAUAAAUAAAAUACGAAAUGUAGUCUAGAAUUUUUAUCGUUGAAUACAAACGAUAAUCAUACUUGUUGUCUUGUAUUUAUGGUACAGUUUUGUAUCGCCUUGUUGAUCGUUGCUAGCUAUUGUGUACCGUGUAAUGUUAAGAUGAAUGUACUUAUCUGUAUAUCGCAAAAGAUGUUCAAUUAAAUGCGUAUUCGAAGUGUAAUUUUGUUUUUAUUAUUAACAUUCUAAACUUACAAUACUUUACCUAAGUUUAAAGUAGGUACUUAUUAUUUAUAUCAAACUUAUUGACGUCAAUACAAAAUUUUCAUCAAAAAACCGUAGAUUGGCGAUUAAGAUAUUUUAAAAGACUUGUUUAAAAGGUUAGAGGCCAAGAGUUUUCUUACUUUUUCAAGAGAAUUUUCUUACACGAUAGCAAUCAUAAGAGUACCUACAAUUAAAAAUUAGUAUUACUACUAUGAACAAUAAACUAAAUGUCAGAAUGGAAUAACAUGAAAUAAACAUUUUCCUUAUGUUUCUGAUUUAUGAUGCUUUUUAGUCCCUUUCUGUGUAAUCAGAAAAGUAUAACUUCAAUACGUCUAUACUGUGAGGUAGGUAGACUUCUCAAUGUGGCCUCCUGUACUAUAUAAUAAAAUUAUUUUUUUUCAUAGUAAAAGAGAUUUGGUAAUUAGAAGGGCUAUAAAAUUUUUGCACAAUAUUUCUUGAAAAUCCAUAUUUUGAAUAUCGCAUUCUAUGUAUUUUGUCACUGUAAAUGUUGCACUGUGUAUGUAAAAAU